CUCAGCAAUCAUGAUGCUUUACGAUGGGUUCAAAGAAAUACUAAAGAUUCAGAAGUUUCGCAGACUCGUAUCUUACACUGGGUUUUACUGCUUUGUUGCUGUCUUGAGCUAUGCUUAUACAAGCAACACAACUAGAGCUGGGUAUUCUAGAGCUGAUCAAUUUUAUGCGUCAUACCCUGCUGGAACUGAACUUUUAACGGAUACAGCCAAGUUGUAUAAAGCUGCGCUUGGCAAUUGCUUUGAAUCAGAGGAGUGGGGUCCAAUAGAGUUCUGCAUCAUGGCUAAGCACUUUGAUCGCCAAGGGAAAUCCCCAUAUGCCUAUCAUGCUCAAUAUGUAGCGCACCUUCUUUCUCAUGGACAACUGGAUGGAAGCGGCUAGGGUGGAAUGCUAUUUGGUUCAUUGAAAGGAUGCCCCUGGCAAAAUUAGUGCCAUCCAAUUUGCAAAUUUUGCCAUCCAAUUUGCAAUUUGCCUAGUGCAGAACAGCAGCAUCAAGCAUAGUGUAAUGCUACUAUGUCUUGUGAAACCAAUGAUUAAUUCUUAUUAUAAUGUAUGCAGCGAUUAGGAACUCUUUCUACACCCCCACUUUCUGAA